AUGUCUCCCGAGAACAACCAAAACCCUCCACGAGGAACAUCUCAACCUUCGGAAGACGACGAAUAUGGUCCAUAUCCCACCUCUACCUACCCUCACUACAGCAGCGUCCGGUCUAUUCCGGUACCCACGUCACAGCGAGACGAGGACGGCGGCUCGGAGGAGCCAUCCGCCGGCAUGACCUCCUCGGGCGUGGCCCUUUCUCCGCUCGAAAAAUGGGCUGUCAACGCUUCUCCUUCUCAAUUCAACGCUCUGGCCGGUGCCAUUGGUGGUUUCACCUCGGGCGUCGUCACAUGCCCGCUCGACGUCAUCAAGACCAAGCUCCAAGCGCAAGGUGGUUUCAAUCCAGUCUCUAAGGGCAGACAUGUAGGACACCCCAAGCUCUACGACGGGCUUACCGGAACCGCCCGAGUCAUCUGGCGCGACGAGGUUUGGUUCACCGUCUACAACAAAAGCAAAGACUGGCUGAGGCACCGUCAUGAAAACCCGUUUGUAAUCAGUUUUUGGUCUUCUAUCAUAGCUGGGGCUAGCAGCACGAUUGUGACGAACCCAAUAUGGGUGAUCAAGACGCGGCUGAUGUCGCAAAGUGUUGCGCACCGUACAGGCCAGCACUAUACGCAGUUCCCAAAGUCGGGGAACACGCCGACGUCAAGGCCGACGCUCUCUACGCCGUGGCAUUACAACUCCACACUCGACGCCGCUCGCAAGAUGUACACAUCAGAAGGCAUUCUUUCCUUCUACUCGGGCCUCACCCCCGCCUUGCUUGGUCUCACCCACGUCGCAGUCCAGUUUCCCGCUUAUGAGUUCCUGAAAACUCAGUUCACGGGACAAGGGAUGGGUGCCCCCCUGAAUGGAGAGAGUCCCUCGUCGCACUGGAUCGGUGUCCUCUCGGCUUCAAUUCUCUCCAAGAUCCUAGCAAGCAGCGCCACCUAUCCCCACGAAGUUGUCCGAACGCGACUGCAGACACAGCGGCGACCAGUCGCGGGAGCAGAAUAUCUUCAAGGCCUCGGCAUCAAAAUCUCCAGCUCGGCCACGCCGGAGGAGGUGGCUGCGCAUCAGAAACAAGUGCAGCCCCCUGCGCCAAAGUACCGUGGUGUCGUUAUGACCUUCCGCACAAUCCUGGCCGAGGAGGGCUGGAGGGCUUUUUAUGCUGGCAUGGGGACCAACAUGAUGCGCGCGGUGCCGGCAGCAACGGUCACGAUGUUGACAUAUGAGUUCUUUAUGGAACAGUUUAAUCACAUCAAGGCGGAAGGGCGGAGGAAGCUGGGGCACGAGGAUGUGCCCCUCGACGCAAGCCUGUAA